AUGAUGACAGUAACAGGAGACGUUACUUCAAGAACAAUGAGUUUCAAGAAUGAGAGAAAUUUAGAUGAGGUUAUUGCUGAAGAAGAAUCAUCGUGUUCCAAGAGAAGAAAAGUUGGAAAUCUCAAGUUGCAAACUACAUUCUCAUUCAAGUAUUUGGUUACAGAAAAUUCUGGAUUGAAAGACGAUUUUAUCGACGAUGUUUUCAAUAAACAAAGCCCUUCGAUUUUGGUGGAUAAACCAGAAAUUUGGUUUUCGCCGAAAUCCAUUGGAGAGCUUGAUGUUGCUGCAAUAAAGUUGCAGAAGGUUUAUAAGAGUUAUAGGACUAGAAGAAAUUUAGCAGAUUGUGCAGUUGUUUGUGAAGAGCUAUGGUGGAAGGCUUUGGAUUUUGCUGCACUUAGUAGAUGUUCUAUAUCACAUUUUGAUUCAGUUAAAUCAGAAACUGCUCUUUCAAAAUGGGCUAGAGCUAGAACUAUGGCUGCUAAGGUGGGAAAGGGAUUGUGUAAAGAUGAUAAAGCACAAAAAUUAGCACUUAGACAUUGGCUUGAAGCUAUUGAUCCUCGACAUCGAUACGGACACAACUUGCACUUAUACUAUAAUGUUUGGUUUCAUAGCCAGAGCACUCAACCUUUUUUCUACUGGUUGGAUGUUGGAGACGGAAAAGAAGUAAAUCGUGACGAAUGUCCAAGAAUUGAUUUACAGAAGCAGUGUAUAAAAUACCUUGGACCUAAAGAAAGGGAGGUUUAUGAAGUGAUUAUAGAGGAAGGAAAGUUUGUUUAUAGAAAAAGCAAGAAUUUUGUAAACACUUGUGAAGGAUCUAAGUGGAUAUUUGUUCUUAGUUCAUCUAGAAUUUUGUAUGUUGGAGAGAAGAAAAAAGGACAAUUUCAACACUCAAGUUUUCUAGCUGGUGGCGCUACUGUUGCAUCCGGAAGAUUGGUUGUCCAAAAUGGCAUUCUUCAUGCUAUAUGGCCCUAUAGUGGUCACUAUCGUCCUACAAAGAAGAAUUUCUUGGAAUUCAUUGGCUUCUUGAUGGAACACAAUGUGGAUUUGACAAAUGUAAAGAAGUAUUCAAUUGAUGAUGAUGUUCCACCUUCAGAACAUGUUGACAAUGAGGUUCAAUUUGAGUCCACCAAGACCAAUGUAACAUCAAGUGACUCUGCCAUAAAGUGUAGCCAAAAUAAUGUGACAACUUCACAACAUAAAGAGUGCAAACCUUUGUCAAGCAAAUGGACCACAGGAGCUGGUCCUAGGAUUGGUUGUGUUAGAGAGUAUCCUACAAAACUCCAAGCUAGGGCACUUGAACAGCUCAAUCUAUCACCUAGAGUCAACAAUGGAAAAGUCACUAAUAUGAUUCCUAUUCCUUCACCAAGACCUAGUCCAAAGAUUCACUUGUCUCCUAGACUUGUGCAUAUGGGAGUUCCAAGUCCAAGAGUACAUGUUACUUCAGCAAAUUAA